AUGGAGGAAACUAUUGCAUAUCUUAACUUAUCACCACUCCACGUCGAUGGCCUUCACAAGCGUCUUGACAGCAUACAAAAAAUGGCAUCUCUCAUUAUCGAAGCAGAGCGCACAUUUGGCAAGUAUGUUGAAGUUGGCAAACAAUUAUGUGGUAUCAUGCACAAGCUUUCAGUCAGCUUCACCAAUUUCGGUAAUAUAGAAGGCGAUCCUAAUAUUGUUUCAAUAGUUGAAUUACUCAAUAGCUUUUCGGAAACAAUGAAUACACAUUAUGAUAUGAUUUCAACCGCUGUAAUUUCACCGCUGACUCAGUUUAUAAAUAACGAUGUCAAAAACGCCGAACAGCUCGGAAAGCAAGCCGAAAAAAUGUAUGAUAAUUAUCAUUCAACAUUUGAAAAGUAUGUAUCCCUUUCCAAAAAGAAGACAUCGGAUACAGAGAUCGAAGAAUUCGACAUGAAGCUCAUGCAGUCCCACGGAAGAGCCGUUUUUGCUGAUUUCCAGCUUUCUCGUCAAUUAGAACUUGUCGAGCGUAAGAAGAACGUCGAAGUUUUGACAGAAUUCAUUGCUUUCCUUAACAUGCUCGGCACGACCUACGAGCAAUGCGCAGAUUUCUUCAAAGGAGCCAAAGACCAUUUCAAUACAAUCCGCCAAGCCCUUCCAGUUUCUACAGCCGAGAUCGACGUUUACGACAAGAACACAGCAAUCAUCCGUAAAUCAAUCGAAAGCUACUAUCAGCUUUACUGGCGUAGAAUUAGACUUGAAUUCCCAGGUACUAACUCCCUCAUCCACGAAGGUUAUCUCUGGAAGAAGGGCUCCGGAAUUACGAAAUCCUGGCAGCGCCGUUAUUUCGUUUGCCGCAAUUACAAAUUAUACUAUUUCCAUAACGCGGAAGACUCCAAAGAGCAGCUCGGCCAAUUGCCUCUACUCCUCACGUCAACAAAGUCAAUCAACGAUCCAGAUCGCCGCAACUGUUUCACAAUUAUUUCUCGCGAUAAGACUUACACCUUACAAGCUCUUACAGACUGGGAUAUGAAGGAAUGGAUGUCUGUUAUCAACAACAACAUCCAAUACCUUCUUGACCACUCCGAUGCCGUCAAUACUCAACUACCUCAAGCUACAUCCACAGAAAGCGACAACCAGAUGGUCCAGAAGCUUAUGCGUGACCAGGUUUGCGCAGACUGUGGCGCUCACAACCCAUCAUGGUGCUGCAUCAACUGGGGAACUUGCAUUUGCAUCAAUUGCUCCGGUUUCCAUCGCGCUCUUACAUCCGAUAUCUCCAAGGUCAGAUCCCUCACUCUCGACCACCUUGACGACACAACUCUCAAGGUUUUGAUUGUUAUCGGAAACGCAAAUGCCAACAAAAUCCUCCAGCCAAAUGUCGGACCAAGGCAAAUCACCGACCAAGCGACCAAAGAUGAACGUGAGCGUUUCAUCAAAGACAAGUAUGUCAACAAGUCAUUCCUUGCUCCACCACGUAAGAUCGACUACAAAGAAGCGAUCAGAAUGAACGACAUCAACACCGUUUUCGAGGCAAUUUGCUAUGGAUUACUUCGCAACGAAAAGACAGGUUAUGGUGCAAUGCAUAUUGCAGGAUCUUGUGCUUCCGCCGAAGUAUCACAGCUCGUUGUCUUGAACACUCCUAACAUCGAUGUCUUGGACCAGGGUGGAUGGUCAGGACUCUCCUACGCAGCGUAUUAUGAUAACGCAGAAGCAGCGGAAGUAUUCCUUGCAGCUGGUUGCAAUCCAAAUGUAAACGAGGACACACAUCCUUACAAGAUCGCAAUUCUAAGCGGAAAGAGAACAAUUGCGGCACUUUUCUUGCCUUACUGGAAUCACGGCGAAAUAGAAGACAACGGAGCUCAUGACAUCAAACCGCCUGUCGAACUCAAUAUGUCUGGUGUGGCUAAGACUCAUAUUAAGAUGCCAAGAAGAACAACAACAAUUUCUUUGCUCAGCGCAAUGAAGUAA